UAAUGACCAAUAUGAGCCCCGAGACUCUACAAGGGAAAGUUUUCCUAACACUCCGUAUUUAUUAUUACAUAUGGUGUUGUACCAGUAACAUGCGGAUUUUAUUGAGAAUUUAUUAAAUGCGUAUAGUGUAAAAUUGUAGAACAUAUUAUCCUUAACAUUUGCCAUCACUUAUCACUACGAAUUUGAGGCACAGCAUUUUUAUAGGGGUCUCCAGUUGUGUAAAUCAUCUGUUUCCUGUAUUUGUUUAUGAGCAGAGCUGCAUUUGACCUUUAUUCUGCCCACCGCAUGCAAAAUGACUAACUGAAUUCUUUUUGCGAUUUCUAUCUGCACUACUGGAAUUUUGCUGGUGUUAACAAGAUUUCUGUCGAAAGAAUGGAAUCGAUACCGGUUUAUGGUUGGCUAGUCGCACUGGCAGCCGCCAUGGGUGGAUUUCUCUUUGGAUAUGAAAUGGGAGACAUUGGGCAAGUAAUGAGCAUGAACAGUUUCGGUGUUGAAUUCGGCAUCCGCCACGAGGAAGUGCUGAACGCCACCCUGGACGACGGCACCCUCCUCAACGGCACCGACGACCGCCCCGCGGUGCAGUACGAAAACGGUACCCUGUGGGAGAACCUCAACGGCUCCUACCUAGAGAUGACCAACAUCUCCCUGCCGGAGACCCCCGAAGCCCCGGACAUCAUGGGCUCCAUCCCCUUCACCUUCCUGGUCGGGUGCAUCGCGGGCGCCGCCUGCGCCUCCAUCCUGGCCGACUUCCUCGGGCGACGCUACUCCAUCUUCACCGGGUCGGUGUUCUACAUGGUGGGCGGGGCCAUGCAGACCGGCGCCAGUCACCUGGUGACGCUGUACAUCGGGCGGGUGGUCUCCGGGAUUGGGGUGGGGCUGAUGAGCGCCGUGGUCCCGCUGUACAUCGCCGAGACCUCCAAGACGUCCAUCCGGGGGCGGCUGGUCACCACCUUCCAGCUGAUGAUGGCGUUCGGGGUGCUGGUGGCGUGCUCGGUCAACGCGGCGAUCAUGUCGGUCGUCCGCGGGGACGCGCAGUGGCGGCUGGCGGUGGGGAUGCAGCUGAUCCCGGCGGCGCUGCUCUGGCUGCUCAUCAUCAUCCUACCCUUUUCCCCGCGCUGGUUGAUUGAUCACAAUCGGGAUGAUGAAGCGCUGAAGACGUUGUCUAAACUGCGGAACACGCGGCCGGAUAGUGAGAAGCUCUUGGCCGAGUUCGCCACCAUCAAGGAGAACGUCAACUACGAGAAGAAGGUCGGAAACGCCACGUGGUGGGAGCUGCUGCAGCCCGGCAUCCGCAACCGGGUGGCCCUGGGGGUGACGCUGCAGUUUUUCCAACAGUGGACCGGGUGUAACGUCAUGCUGUAUUACGGCGGGAAGGUGUUCAGUGCCAUUGGGAUGCCGGUGAUCCAUGCCUUUAUCACCCUGAUCAUCCUCAAUGCCGGGGUGAAUUUCCUGGCAACGUUCUUCGCCAUGUGGUGGGUGGAACGGAUCGGGAGGAAGCGGCUGCUGGUUGUUGGCGGUUUUGCAAUGUGUCUGUGUCAUACCCUUAUAGCGAUGUUCCUGGGAUUGUCGGUCCACGUCCAGGAGGAUCUCGUGUACGGCGCACUACUGUUCAUCUACCUGUUCACCGUGAGCUAUGCCGCCACCUGGGGUCCGGUGGUGUGGGUGUACCAGUCGGAGAUCUUCCCCAUGCGGGUGCGCGCCAAAGCCACGGCGUUGUGUACCAUGUCCAACUGGACGUGGAAUGCCAUCAUUUCCAAACUGGCGCCCAUUAUGCUCACCGAUAUAGCCUACUACACCAACGUGGUAUUUGCCUCAUUCUGCUUAGUUAUGGCCAUUUUUGUUUGGAUUUUUGUACCGGAAACGAAGGGACAGAAUCUGGAGCGCAUGGAUGAAAUCUUCGGAUCCAUCCCGGCAGUAAAAGAAAAGCCGGACACUAAUCGCAACAAGAAGAUUCGCAACAUCAUGGCGGAGGAAGCCGACAAACUGGAUAGCGAGCAGCUGCAUGAGCUGCAACCCGGCGCUCAAAAGGUCAAGCUGUGAUGUACGAUUAGU